UCAUAUAUUUUGUGUAAUGAGAGGGCAUUACAUACUUCUGUUUAUUUGUGUCUUCUUCUAGGGAGUUUGUCUACUAUGCCUGCUGUUCGUACUUUCUCCCUCUUUGCUGCAGUGGCUGUAUUCAUUGACUUUCUUCUUCAGAUUACUUGUUUUGUAAGUCUCUUGGGCCUGGACAUUAAGCGUCAAGAGAAAAAUCGGUAUGAUAUCCUGUGUUGUAUCAAAGGUGGUGAAGAAAUCAGUAAUGCACAGCAUUCUGAGAGUGUAUUGUUUUUAUUCUUCAAAAACAUAUAUUCUCCAUUCCUUCUAAAGGACUGGAUAAGACCAAUAGUGAUAUCCAUAUUUAUUGGAGUGUUAUCGUUCAGCAUAGCAGUUAUGAACAAAGUAGAGGUUGGCUUGGACCAGCGUUUAUCAAUGCCAGAUGACUCCUAUGUGUUGGAUUACUUCAACUCUCUGAGCAAAUGUGUGCAUGCAGGUCCUCCAGUCUAUUUUGUGCUAGAAGAAGGACAUAACUAUACUACGUUGGAUGGGCAAAACAUGGUGUGCGGUGGAAUGGGAUGUGAAAACAACUCCCUAGUACAGCAACUAUUCAAUGCAGCAGAACUUAGUAGCUAUACAAGAAUUGGCUAUCCCCCUUCUUCUUGGAUUGAUGACUACUUUGAUUGGGUGAAACCCCAGUCUUCUUGUUGUAGAGUCUAUAAUGCCACUGAACAGUUCUGCAAUGCUUCAGUUGUUGAUCCAUCCUGUGUGCGUUGCCGGCCAUUAACUCCAGAAGGGAAGCAAAGACCUCAGGGCGAAGAAUUCAUGAAAUUUCUUCCAAUGUUCCUCUCUGAUAAUCCUAAUCCAAAAUGUGGUAAAGGCGGACAUGCUGCAUAUAGCUCUGCGGUUAACUUUAUAGACAAUAACACUGAAGUUGGAGCGACUUACUUUAUGACUUACCACACAGUGCUGAAAACCUCAGAAGACUUCAUUGAUGCAAUGAAGAAAGCACGGAUGAUAGCCAACAAUAUUACUGAAUCCAUGGCUAUCAAGGAAAAAAACUAUCGAGUAUUCCCGUACAGGUAUAGGGCUUUCCUCUUUCAACAAUUUCCCCCAUGUAUUUAGAACAGGGGUUGGCAACCCCUGGCCCGUGGGCCGUAUGCGGCCCGCGGAGGCGGCAGGACCGGCCCCAGCCCGGUCCUGCUGCUGUCACCGCUGCCGCCAAGGCCGCCUCCUCCUCCUCCUGGGCAGCGCACAGGGCUAGGAUGGAGGAGCUCGUCCCCAUUGGCCAGCCAGCCAUUGGCCAGCUGGCCAAAGGGGAUGGGCUCCUCUUGAGCGCGCCGCCCGGGAGGAGGAGGAGGACUUCCGCA